AAAAUAAAUCCUUAUUUAAAUAUGGCAGAGGAAUAAGUUGUCACUGUGAAAUUCGCCAAUUAACCAAAACUUUUCGGAAAGUGGGACUACGAUGAAGUCUAAGUCACAGACCAAUGUUUCAAAGACUAUAUUGCAGUACAAACUUCAAAAUCAAGAGUCUUCGUUCCACACACUGCUGGAAGGUACAGCAUCUGAAUCCAUAUCUAUUUAGAUAUUAAAGAAAGAAGUUUAGAAAGGCCCAAUGUCCAAUUGUGGAGAGAUUGGCUGGUGCUCUUAUGUUCCAUGGUCGUAACACUGGUAAGAAGGUCAAGGCUGUCGCUAUUAUCAGACACGCUUUUGAGAUUGUUCACUUGCUCACAGGCAAGAAUCCUCUUGCAGUUUUAUCAUUGGCUGUCCAAAGAGGAGGAGCAAGAGAAGAUUUCACCAAAGUUGGAACAGGUGGUGUUGCUAAACAAUAGGCUGUUGAUGUUGCUCCAAUCAGAAGAGUCAAUGAAGUACUCAGACAUAAUAAUUUAAGGCUGUUCACAAUUUGGCUAAGGGAGUUAGAGAUUCAGUCUUCAAGAAGAUGAAGACUAUAGCAGAAGCACUUGCUGACGAGCUUAUUGCAGCUGCCAAUGAAGAUGGACAAAAAUCAUACACAAUCAAGAAGAGAGAUGAACUUGAAAAAGUAGCAAAGACAAAUCGUUGAUUUAUUUUUAGUAUAAUAUAUAUCUAUAUUUAAUAUAC